AUGAAAAAUCAUUGGUUUUAUAUUAUAUACUUUUAUUUAUUUUUAAACGUAUUUUCACGUUGCAAUGGAUUCCAAAAUAAAAGUAUGCAAUCCUUCCCCUGCGAUACAAAUGAAAAUCGUAUAGGGGUAACUUUUAACAAUAAAGUCGUUCAAGGCCAACAUAAAAUUAAAAUAAAUGAUGGAUCAAAUAGUGAAGGAUACUCAUUUUUGUCUUUAAAGGCAGUUUCGAUAUUUAAUCGAUUUUAUAUCAUGAGAUUGACUAAUAGUGUACUCAGUAGAUCGAUGUUUUCAAAGGAUCAUUUUUAUCGCAAUGUGGCUCUAUACGAAUCACUAUCUAGAACUAAUUAUUUUUUAUAUCCAAUUGUUUUAAAUGAUAAAAACCUAAAAAAAAUAAUGUCUUUAAUGGAUGCAGCACAUUUCUCAAAGAACAAAUAUGAAACCUUUAAGAAACGAUUAAUAUCAACGUUUAAUUACCCAGAUUUCGAAUUGGAUGAUGUUGUUAAAAAUGAAAUGGACCAGGCCUUAGCAAUAUACAAUAAAACAAGAAACGACUCAUAUUGGAAUGUAGUUGAUGCAUUAAAAUCCGAUGGAAUGUUAUUGGCUAAAACCUUUAUAUCAGCUUCGUUUGCUCACAGUGUUAGUGGUGUUGUUGGAGUUGUAAACCAUGAAUUAUUAAAUAUCUGCUUUUCUAAUGCUUAUUUUAUAAAUCAUAUUGCACCUUUAGAUAAAUUUGUAAUGAAAAAUACUUUUGGAUCAAUAAUAUCAUAUGUAUUUAGAUCAUAUCUUAUAUACUUUUAUCCUUUAAUUGCACCUUUCCGUGGGGCCUUUUCUUUUAUUUUAUCAUCAAUAUGUCUUAUGCAAUUUGGAAAAAUUGUUCAUAUGAUAUACAAAAACCUCAAAAAAUUGUACAGAAUAUCACGAAGAAAAUUUUAUUAUGCAAUUUUGAAAUUAAACCUAUUAAAUCAACCAGAAACCCAAUUAUAUGCUAUGAAGCUUUUAUAUGGAGAUGCAUUAGUUUUAGUUUCAAAAAUUUGGAAAUUGUCCUACGUCAAUGUCAAUGAUCAUCUUAAAGGAGAAGAAAUUAAUCCAGUUUUAAAUAAUUUAUUUGAAAAAAACUUGGGUACUGGUUUCUUUGAUUUCAGUGAAUCAUUAUUUAAAUAUGUUGUUAAAUCCUUAAACGAAAUGAAUAUAUUAACGAAUGAGGGUGCUGAUUUUGAAAACGAAAAUGAAUUAAAAAGUGAAACAAUUAUGAAAGUUUUGUCCUUACUCACAGUUACAAGAAGAGCACUUUACUAUGAAGAAACGUAUAUGAGAAUAGUUGUUGCACGUAUAUUAGCAAAAUUUUAUACAGUAAUGUUAGUAAAUAUAAAUGAAAUUAGUAAGAUACAUCCUAAAGAAUAUUUUAAUACAGAUAUAGAGUCAAAGUAUAUGAAUUUAUAUCAAAAUCAGGUAAAUGCAACGAAUUUACACCAAAUAUUUUCUGAUAUAACAACAAAGCCAUUUAUUAAAAAAAAUUUAAGAAAAAUAAAUAGAGGUUCUAUCGAAUUUACAAUGUCUCUUCUCAAGAUAAGAUUUUUUCACUACAAGUCUUCUUUAAAACAUCCAUAUUCAAGUUUUUAUUUUGAUGAAAAAUUGAAAAAACAUUUAAAUAAUGCUAUGAGAUUAAUCAUUUCUGGCUCUAAUAGUAUUAUUGGAAAUUUAGUUAAAUAUGGAGACCGAUUUAAUAUUCUUAAAGAUUGUCCUAUUGAUCUUGCAACAAAAUUGGGUAGAACAUGUGAUGACGAUGAUUUUGAAAUUAAAAAAUUAUUAUUCCCUCUUAAUAUUUUUAUUAAUUUAUUAAUUCCUUUAUAUAUGAAACCCAACGAUAUAUUAAUAAGCGAUAAGAUAAUACCUGAUAUAUUGAACUUUUUUGAUGUUAUGAUAGACUACAAAGAUUUAUAUUUAUAUAAAUAUUUAGCAGGUGUUGUUGACUUCAUUUUUAAACAUGAAAAAAUCGAAGCUACAAAUAUUGAUUAUCAUGCCGAAAUAAAUAAAUUAAUUACAAAAGAAAUUCAUAUUGUAAUUGAAGAAGUGAAUAACGAAAAAAUUAAAUCUUUAAAAUUCCAUACAUACUCAAUUAAAAAAAAUGAUGUAUUCUUACAUAAUACAGAUGGAAAAUUGUUUAAAUUUACAUUUGAUAAAGAAAAUGAUAAACAAAAAUUUUCAAAUCUAUUACAAAUGAUUGAUUAUAGAGAUCCAUUGGAAUAUCAAUCACCAUAUGUUGAUUUUAAACCUUUAAUAAGUAAUAGUGGAACUUUAGCAAUACAAAAUCAUUAUCAAAAAUUUGAAGGAAAAAUAAAUAUUUGCCAUAUGUGUUUGAGCGAGGAUGAUGAUGUUUUAGUUGUUAAUUUAAUUUAUCACAUUUUAUGGUCAUCCGGAUUAGAUAAAUUCAGCGCUUUUGUGUUCUCUUCAUUAAUCGGAGCAGUCAAGCAAAUGUAUCAUAAAGCUUCACCAUGGAAUAAGGCUCUUGUUGAUAUGGUACCGACAGAAUUUUACCAUGUCCAUAGUAUAUUUAUGAAUAAAAAUUCUCAUAUAAAAAAUAAAUCUCAAAACGCGUUUAUAAAACGUAUUAAACAUUAUGGAUUCCAUUUUAACAAAUAUACAUUUCAAAGCAUGUUCAAAACACUUUUAAGCAAUGUUUUAGUUCGUGUAAACUUUUUCGAUAUAGAACAAGCUACUAGCAUGAUAUCUAUGUCUUUAAUUUAUUCUAUUUAUUCAAAUAUUCAACGAUAUGAAUUACCAUUAGAGGAAACAUUUAAAUUGCAUCAACAAAAAAUCAUAGAAUCUUAUUACAAAGUGGAUAAAUAUUCUCAACAUUAUGAUUCACACACAAUUGAAAUGAUUAAUGACGCUAAAAAAAACAAGAAAAUCGAUAUGGAAGAAAAUGGUAUAAUACUUCCUGCCAAUAACAACAGCAAUAAUAAUAAUAAUAAUAAUAACAAUAGUACAUCUAUCAAUUCAGAAGUAACAGAGACAGACAGCACAACUGACGACAAAAAACCUGAAGAAGAAAUUGAACUUUCUCUAAAUGAUGACAUUAUCAAACAUACAAAAUACCUAAAAUUAGAAUUAGAAUCAAAAGAUAACGUAAGGGAUGAAAUAAUAAACCAAAUGAUAGAAAAACACGGAAGAUUGCCAAAUUAUGAAAUGUACCCUAAUUUACCAGCACAAUGCUUCUUUUUGUUAUACUAUGAUUUUACACCAUUUAUAGAAAAUAAUUUAAUGGGUAUAGAGAAUGUUAAAAAUACAUUAAAAAAUACUACACUUGGAAUGGAGCAUGUUAUUAAUUCUGAUAAAAUACAAAAUGAGACAACAAAAUUUGCAUCAAUUAAUCAAAAAGAUCUACUAAAUAUCCUCUGUGGUACCCAUUUAUUUUUUAAAAAAGAAGACAUUACAUUAAAUGACAUGCUUAAAUAUGAAAAUUCGGAUAUAGCUGUGAAACAUUUAUUAAUAUAUUUAUCAUUAUUGAGAAUUGAAAAAAGAAAUAAUCGUCUUUCAUGGAAAAGAUAUUUAACAUUAGAAAAAUACCUAGAUCGAAGAAGAAAAUUUUAUAAUACUCCAUUAAAAUAUCUUCGUCUAAAAUUAUUAAAUUAUAAAAGAACAUUAUCUCGUCUUAGAAGAAAAACACAAAAAUUUAUGGGAAUUAUUCUUAAAAAAAAGAAUUUAUUAAAAUCGUUAACACCUGAAACUAAUUUUGAAUUAAUCCAAAAUGCUGAAAUAUUUAAUAAAAGAUAUCCAUUGGUAUAUAUUAGAUUUGAAGAUGUUUUAACACAUUCUAAUGUCUUUCAUAAAUUUAAAUAUACAUUACUCAAAUAUGUUUCAAAUAAAGAAACUAUUAGAAAUAUGAUUAAUAAUUUCAAACUUGCUCCAGACACAUCUGUUAACAAUGAUAAAAUUUUGAAGCGAAUUUUUAAAAUAUUUAAUUUAAUAAUUUAUCAUAAAUUUAAUAUAGAUUUACGUAAUAUUAGUAAUAAUCAACAACAUGUUAAGACAGAUGCUAUCAAUGUAAAUAAAAGUAAAUAUAUAUUAAACUUUGUAAAAUUGCCUCUAGAAGUUGAAAAUUAUUUGAAUCAAUUAGUAGGAUUUUUAAAACUUUUAACUGAUAUGAAAUUUACAAACUUUUUAUUUUUGAAAAAUUUUUAUAUGUUUAUUAAAUUUUAUGCAGUAACAGGAGAUUUUGACUUUGCAGCUAAAAAUUCACUUAUAUAUAUAGUCAGCAAAAAUUACUUAAAUUUCAUUAUAAAUUCAAUGUUGGAGUUUGAAAGUUUCAAAUCGUUUAUUAAAAGCUUUAAUAAUGUUAAUACUCAUAUAAAAAAAAUGCCUUUAAAUUAUAUGAACUUUAAAGCUAAAUGUUAUACUAUUGAUGGACAUAACACUUAUGAUAUAACUAUAGAUGAUAGGGAAAAAGUAGACAAAAUAUCUAAAAUUAUGGAGUAUAAUAUAGACAGCUUUUAUAAAGAUUAUUUAUUAUUAGAUUUACUUUAUGAUGAUAUUAAAUUUGUAGACAUAAGUCCAUAUUAUGAAAAAAUUAAAGAUGCAAAACAAAAUGGUACAAAGAGCAAAUUAAACAAAUUUUUGCCUGGACCCAAAAAUGCUUCUAAAAAUAUGUCCUUUGAUGAUAUAAAUAUGUUAAAUGAUUCGAUACAAAAUUAUAUGUAUUUAGAAAAGUUUUUAGAAAAUGCAAACAUUCCUUUAAUUCCAUUUAGUAAUUUUUCUUAUUCUUCCGAUGGUAUUAUUGCCAAAGUAUAUUUUAAAACAAAAGCUACAACAGCACCUUUUUAUAAAGACAAUAUUAUUGAUUUAUUUAAUCAAGUAGGAAAAUCAUUUGUUAGUAAUUAUGAUCAAAAAGUUAAAUGUUCUUUUGUCAAUUAUCCUUUUAAUUUAUAUUACUGGUUAAUUUUAAAUCCUGAACGACCCAAUAUUGAAACUAUCAAUAAAACCGGUCUAGUAAAAGAAGAAGAUUUAGCACCUCAAUCAGAUGAAGAAAAAGAGAAAGAAAAAUUACGUAAUGAUGAAAAUCUUGUUAAAGAUAUAUUAUUUAAUCAAAUUGUAAAUAAAAUUGAUAAUGAUAAUGAUAAUGAUAAUAUAUCAAAUGCAUCAACAUCGAUAAGAAGUUUUAAAUCUCAAAGCGAUAUCGAUUCAGAAUAUGACAAUAUUAGUACUUCUGAACUAUCCGAUAAUAUAAGCCUUUCAGAUAAUGCUAACGAUAUAAAAUCAAAUUCAAGUACACAAGACGACUCAUCGAGUGAUUAUUAUUUAAGUGCACAAGACUCAAGUGAAAGUGGAACUGAAAGUAUCUAUGGUGAUUCAAUUUCAGUUGCUGAUUCAGGUUCCAAUACAAAUGCAAACAAUAAUCAAUCGAAUAACAAUAACAAUAAUAAUGCUAACUAUGAUACGAACAAAAAUGUUCAAAAACAUGAUGAGCUAUUAUACCAAAAAUAUAGUAAUGAAUAUGCUGAUCAGGAUAAAAAUGAAAAUGAAAGCCAAAUUACCACCUUAGAUAAAGCAAAAACAAACACUCCAACUAGUUUCAUUCAAAAAAGUAUUAUAGAACCAUUUGUUUUCGAUUCAUUAAUGAUAACUGAAAAAAUAAAUUCAGCUACUAAAGAGAAAUUUGGAAAAUUUAGUAGACCUUAUAAUAUAUAUAUUCCUAAGAAAGACAUAUUCAGAAAUUUUCAUUUAGUAAUUAAAGUAGUACAUAGUUUAAUUUCAUUAAAUAAAUUUUCUAUUGUUAAUCCAAAUGAAAUUCUUAAAAAAGGUAUAAUGACACUUACAAAUAAUAACGAUUUUACUAAAAGCCAAAAAAUGAACCCACUCAUUAAUACUAUGCUUCUUGAUAUAAAUGAUAUCAUACAAAAAUUAAAAUUAUCUAGUGAAAAAAAAUAUGAUUCACCCAAUAUUGAUAUAUUAGAUAUAUAUAAUAUAAUUGAAUUUAAUUUAUUUAAUAAGUAUAUUGUUUAUCCACCUUUGAAGAGAUUAAGUGAAGAUGAACUUAAAUACAUUUUAGAUGUCAUAGACCAAGGAUAUUUUGACCAUUUUAUGGAAAUUGUAUCUAAAUUAAAAGAUGCAAAUAUCAAUCAAAUGAAAGUUAGUAAUAUGUUAAAUCGUAUUCAAGAAUAUCAACCUUUCUUUGAGGGAAAUAGUAUAGACGAAUUUUAUCAAGUUAUUGUAGAUUCUCUAAAUUGUAAAGAUAUAAAAUGCUUUAAUUUCCUUUUCAAUGACUUUAUUAUAAAAAUGUAUAAUCAUAAUGUUUUGAAAGUUGUACACAAUUAUGAUAUGAUUCUGCCUAUGAAAGAAAUAAUUAAUGAUCAAUUUGGAUCUAUAGAUGAUAUUCUUACCAAAAUGAUAAAUUCAUAUGCAUUGUAUAAAAAAAAUGAUACUCCAAUUAUUAAAAUCGAUGCAAAUGAAAAUACAAGUUCAAGUUUCAAAUUAAGUUAUUCAGAAUUAUUAGUUGCUGCAUUAAAUAUACCAAAACAUAUGGACAAAUGGCUAUCAUUAUAUACAUUAUUUAAUAUAAGACAUAUAUAUUUAAAUGUCGGAUAUAUGCUAUGUGGUAUGAAAUAUACCAUCAAAAGAAGAUUUAGAAUUUUCGCACAUAAAUAUAAAAUUUUCGGAUGGUUAAGAUCAUCAAAAAAACAACAAUUAUACAUUCCAUAA